AUGCAAUUUGCCAUGCGGGGAGGGAGAGUCGCAGUCGGUCAUCUCUCUCUCCAUCUCUGCAGCGAUCAUCAUACUCGUAGCACCGCUGCUCCGUGUUGCUCACCGCAUUCCUCAUUGCCUGAUGCCGGCACGGAGCCUGUUAUCCGGCGGCUCGCAUCAGCCGUGGCCCGUGAUGCUGUGCCGGAUCCCAAGGGGGAGAAACUUGCUUGGCCGCUGCUCUCUGCAUCUCUGUGUCGAUUUCUCCACCGUGUACAAGUAUGCACCAGCGCUUGCAAGGAAACAAGCAUUGACGGCACGGCCAAGGCGCUUGGCACAAAAUUCCCGUCGACGUUUGGUGCAGCGUUUGCGUCGUUACGGAUAAAGAGAGGCUUCGUCAGAGUGCUGAAACGGCCGGGCCUACGCAAAGAGGCCGCUAGCACAGGCACCACCAGCGUGUUAGCACCGGUGCUAGCGCACGAUCGUCGCCAGAAAAAGAACCAGGGGUCCGUCCAAGCCUCCCAAUAG